AUGUCGUACAGAUCAUCGUCCGACGCAUACUCCCGACGUCCUACAGGAGAUGAUCGGCGCAACGUCGACAUACGAGACCGCCGCCGGGAGAGUUUCCAAAGAUCAACCUCAGAUUCCUAUAAAGAAGAUAGGUAUCGUCGGGAUGCCGAUGCGGUGGCCCGGGAUCGCCGUAUUCCUUCGGAUACUUCUCGCGAUGCGCCGUCGGUGAACUCCCCAACGAAACCUCCAAAUUCCGCCUUUUCUGCGCGCCCUGACCUAGGAACGAGAACCGCGCCUUCUCGGUCCCCGACGAAGAGCCCUGACCUGGACAAGGGUUCCCCACAGGAAGCGCUUAUGAGCUUACUUAGGCAGCAUGAUGAGGCAAUCAUUGAAGUUGCUAGACUCCGGGCAGAGCGCGACCCUCUCGACAAGGUCUUGAAACAGAGGCAGGCGGAAUAUAGCAAAUCGAUGAUAAAACAUGCCGAAUUUCCUUCUAUUCCUGAGGUACAAAAUCUGCACAGGGUGAGGUAUGCCGAGCGCGUGCGUGUUCUCGACGCCCAGAUCCAAAAGUCACAGGGUAUCGUUGAUAACACGGCUCGGUCUAUUGCCCAGCUUGUUGGCAGCGGCUUGCCGUCGUCUGGUGCGGGCAAAGCCGCACCGGUCGCUUCAGCGGUCGCGGCCCCGCAGAUAGAUGCAUUCAAAAAGUCACUGCCCGAAAUCAAGGAGCUUAAAUCAAGGCUAGCCAAAAUCGAGUCGGCGCACUCACAGGAAACGAAGGAUCUCAAAGAGGAAUUUGAGAAACGUUUCGCCGAGAUGAAGGAGCAAAUGGCGGAGAUGGCUAAAGUGCCAAAAGAGACAGACGGUGCUGCGGCGACCAAGAAACUAAAGGAGGAGGUGUUAGGGGAAGUCAGGGACGAACUCCGUGUGGUACGGAAGGACCUUGAAAAGCAACGAUCUAAAACCCCCGAAGCGGUUUCGACCUCCCAGGUCUCGUCCCUCAUCGAGAAGGAAAGCUCUGCUUUAAAGGCCGACACCUCCGGACUAUUGAAGAGGGUAGAAGAGCUCGCCGGACAGCUGGUUCGGAAUACCCAAGAUACUCUCUCGCUGCAAAGCAACUUGUCGGGAUGCAUCGAACGAGUGAACAACGAAGCCCGAAAGGUCGAGGAACACGAGGCGAAACUUUCAUGUCUCGACACAGAAGCCCUCGAAGGCGUGGCCGAGACCAUGUCGAUUGCUUUCCCGGAUCUCCAAAAGAAGGUGGCGGAGGUCGAAGCCAAAGCUAUCUCGCAGCAAAGCCUCGACACGCAACAAAGCACACUCUUCUCUCAGGUACAACAGUAUACGGAUGCAGUUGGUGAGAAUAUGGCUUCCCUUGUCGACCAGGUGCAGACCGUCGUAUCUGAACUAGCGAGGCGGGUCGCAGACUUGGAGCAUCCGUCUUCGGAUACGAUUACGAACCAAAUCCGUACGGACAGUGGACUAGGUGACAUGGGAAAAGUGAGGCUCGAUGCAAUCAACUCCGAGCUGACCGAGAUCAAGUCUGAGUUUGACGCAACUAAGCAUACGGUCCACCAGCUCACCCACAACAUCUCCGCCAUCGUUAACGAAGACUUCAGAAAGCAGCUUGCAGCCGUCCGACACGCCAUCACGGUCCUCGACGGCCAGUUCAAUAACCUCUCCACCAAAGCACUCGCGGAGCAAAUAAUUGGUCACCUCGAGCAGCUGUACCCUAAUGCGCAUCAGCUCACGCACGAGACUGACCAUUUGAAACAACGCGUGGGCGCGCUGACAUCACGGAUCGAUAGCAUCGAAGGGCGUAUGGGCGACUUGAAAAGUGGCAUAGCUGGCGGCAGGAUCUCGGAGGGGAAACCCCUUAGUAUGGCCAAUGUGCCGGAUGUACAUGGCCAGGACAACGAGAGCAGGCAGCCCAGCGGCAGCUUCAAACGCAGAAGGACGGAUUUGGGGCCAAAUGGGGCCGACAGGCUCGUGACGAAUGGGGCCGAAUAG